AUGCCAAAAGAAAAUAAACACUCCCGCGGACGGAGGAAGGAAGAAAAAGACAAAAAGCGCAAACGAGAAGAUUCCUGUGAUGGGGACGUUGUCGAUGGCAAACGCCAAAAAACCCCCACCAGCUUCGAAGACCCAGAAGUAAACUUCAUCGGCCUCGACAAUGCACCGCAAAAUGAAGAUGCAUCUGCUCCUGUCACCGAGCGUCCAUUUUAUGGAAUGCUUGAGGAUGAAGAACAAGAAUAUUUCCGCCGCGCCGACGAACUCCUCGAACUCAAUGACUUUCCCACUACCGAGGAGCGAGACUUGUUCUUGGAGAACGUAUUCAGAGAAGCAGAAGGGAAGGAGCUGAAAAUUGCAUGUAGUCAGAGCUGUUCGCGACUGAUGGAGAGGUUGAUAUUGCUGAGUAGUACGAAGCAGAAGAAAAAGCUGUUUGGUGUCUUCGCAGGCAACUUCUCCCAUCUUUGCCAACAUCGAUUUGCGAGCCAUUGUGUCGAAGGUCUGUUUAUCGGUAGUGCAGGUGUCGUUACUAGAGAGCUCACGGGCGACGAGAAACUAGAGGAGAAGAGACAGGAAGGAGACAUGGGGAUGGACCAAGGGGAGGAGAACGUGGAGAACUCUUCGAUGGAAAGUUUGUUCUUGGCCACGCUGGAUGAACUCGAGGGACAGAUGACAUUUCUUUUGACUGACCGAUUUGCUUCGCAUACUCUUCGAGUACUUCUAGUCAUAUUGUCAGGACGGCCAUUGGAGAAAUCCUCAACCAGUUCCCUCCUGCAAAGCAAGAAAAAGGAGAAGAUUUCUGUCGCAAAUGUCAACUCGGCACCGACUGAGUUCGCUCUGAACAAGCGUGCCGUCCCUGAGUCUUUCCAGUUCGCUGUAGAGAAGAUUAUUUCAGACACAGUAGCAACCAUGGAUACAUCCUUUAUUCGGGUGCUAGCUACACAUCCUACUGGAAACCCGACGCUGCAACUUCUUCUUGAGCUCGAACUCACAAACCCUACAUCAAAGAAAGGUGUAAAUGCAGAUCAAAAGACAAUAAUUUCGGCACUCUUGCCAGACGACAUUGGCGAAGAAGGCAGUUCCUCGGCAGUGUUCGUCAACGGGCUGAUGUAUGAUCAGAUUGGUUCUCGACUCCUUGAGACCAUAUGCGAGCAUGCUCCGGGAAAACUGUUCAAACAGAUCUAUAAAUCAACAUUCAAGGAACGUAUUGCUGGCCUGGCUAGAAAUGAAAUUUCAAGUUAUGUUGUCAUCAAGGUUCUGAACCGAUUGAGCAAGGAAGAUUUGGAAGACGCAGUUGAGCAAAUGGGCCCGCAGAUACAAGGACUGGCUGAGCGCAACAGGACCGUCAUUAUCAAGACACUAUUCGAAAGAUCCUACGCAAGACAUUCCACGAAAUCGGUUGAAAAGCUUGUAGAGACUGUUGGCUCAUCUUAUGGUUCUGAUCCAUCAACAUUGCUUCUAAAAAUGGCGUGUAUAGAAGACGUUGAUGCCUUGAUCAGAGCUACGUCUGAUGCAUCCCAGCCCAAUGAGGAUGUCCCCGCAGAAGAAGAGGGAGAAGAAGCUUCUAAGCCAAAGAAGAAGAUUACCAAAUCGCAACCUCUCAGACCAACUCCUCAACAGACUCACGGCUCCCUCCUAGCCCAGUCUCUUCUCAACAUACCCGGUGGCCCGAGUGCUUUAAUUCACGAUUCAUUGCUGAGCCUGCCACAACCAACACUUCAAGCAUUUGCACUUUAUACACCAACAUCACACAUCAUCCAAGCAGCAUUUACUCCAAAAUCCCCUCCAAUAUUCCGAAGGAAAUUAAUCAACACACUCCUCUUCUCGCCCGAUCACCCGGACGCUCUUCUCACUCUAGCUCUCUCACCAACUGGAUCUCACACCCUUGAUGCCCUCCUCCCCUCUACAGCAUCGAUAAAUAGUCUCUUCACUCUUACCGAACGCAUUGCCGUCGCUCUGACACACCAUGAAGCUACACUACGAGAUUCUUUCACCGGCCGCAUCGUCUGGAAGAACUGGCAGCUAGAUCUCUUCAAGCGUAGACGUGGCGAGUGGGUAAACACCAUAAAACAGCUCGCUGCUGCGAAAUACCCAUCCGCAAAGGCAGCCAUCGAAACAAACGUGGAGGAAGCCGUUGAAGAACCCGCUGUUUCUGCUACAAAGAGCAAGAAGAAUAAGAAAAAUGGUGGAGUUAAAGGCGAGGUCGACGCUGGACCGAAGAAAUCAGCCAUCCAGCUUGCGAGGGAGAGACAUGCUGCGAAGAAGGCUGGCGUCGGCGGUGUUAAUGCUGUAAAAAUUGGACAUAAAGGGACGGGUGUUAAUAGUGGGAAAAUCGGUGCGAAGAAGAGCACUGAUCAUCCGAAUGGGGAUGUACAUCCUAGUCGGAAAGUUGUUAUUGGAUUGUGA